AUGCAGCACCCAAAAGUGGAGGACGACGAUAGCGACGCCGAGUUAGAUCUCGAAGUCGAUGAACUCCUAAACCGCGACCGGUCCUCGAAUGAUGUCCCAAGCGACGGGGAGUUCGGGAUUGACGGGCGUGAGCCCAGCGACCUUGAGAAGCGCACACUCCGAAGGGUACCGGAUGCGCUUCCAAAAAGCGCGUUUCUCGUCGCCAUAGUCGAGCUAUGCGAGCGAUUUGCGUACUACGGUCUCAGCGGUCCGUUCCAAAACUACAUCAGCAACAAAUAUAACGAUCCAAACGGUAAUCCAGGGGCUCUGGGGCUGGGACAGACGUCGGCAACCGGCAUCCUCAACUUCUUCCAGUUCUGGUGUUAUUGUACUCCCAUUGUUGGGGCGAUCGUGGCCGAUCAAUACCUGGGGAAAUACCUGACGAUCGUCUAUUUUUCCAUAAUCUAUAUGAUUGGGAUCGUCGUUCUAUUCUUCACGUCACUACCAUACGCCAUUGAACAUGGCAUUGCCCUUCCGGGUCUCAUUGCCUCGAUGAUCGUCAUUGGCCUCGGAACAGGUGGGAUCAAAGCGAAUGUCGCGCCCCUUAUUGCUGAGCAGUAUCGUGGAACGCGAGCUUAUGUCAAGACACGCAACAAUGGCGAGCGCGUUAUCGUGGAUCCAGCGACAACUAUACAGCGGAUUUACAUGGUCUUCUACCUCUGCAUCAAUAUUGGGUCGUUAUCUGCAACACUUACGACCACACUAGAGAAGCAUGUGGGAUUCUGGUCUGCGUAUCUACUUCCGUUGAUCGCAUUCGGUAUUGGGUUCGUUAUCCUUAUUGGGGGGAAGAAGAAGUAUGUCGUUCGUCCGCCUCAAGGCAGUGUCAUCGUCCAUUGCGGGAAGGCUAUAUGGAUCGCCUUGAGGAACGGAGGAGACAUCAAUGCCGCAAAGCCCUCUCACCAGCGGAAUGUCGGUAAAGGAUAUAACACCCCUUGGGAUGACAUAUUCAUUGAGGAGUUGAAACGAGCCUUCAUCGCUUGUAAAGUCUUUCUCGUGUACCCUGUGUAUUGGUGUGUAUUCAGUCAGUUGCUCACAAACUUCGUUUCCCAAGCCGGACAAAUGGAACUCCAUGGCAUCCCCAACGACAUCAUGCAGAAUCUCGACCCUUUGGCUCUCGUCAUCAUCAUCCCGAUCCUCGACCGUGUCGGCUACCCUCUCCUUCGGCGGUGCGGCUUUCCCAUGCUGCCAAUGACCCGGAUAUUCCUUGGGUUCCUCCUCGGCUCCCUCGCCAUGGCGUACGCCGCGUUCGUCCAGCACCAGAUCUACGCUGCACCACCAUGCUAUGGCGCGCCGCUCAAAUGCGAUGCCGCUCGGCAACCCGACGGUAGCAUUCUACACAACAAAGUUCAUGUUGCCCUGCAAACGCCCGCAUACUUGAUCUUAGCUCUGUCCGAGGUCUUUGCAUCUGUGACGGGAUUAGAAUUCGCGUAUACGAAGGCGCCAGCUUCGAUGAAAUCAUUCAUCAUGUCUCUUUUCUUAUUGACGUCUGCUGGUGGCUCGCUGCUGGGUGCAUUGGUCUCUCCGUUUGCAAACGAUCCAAAUCUGGUCGGGCUAUAUAUUGGUAUUGGCACUGUUUGCUUCAUAUCUGGUUUGGUAUUCUGGGCAUUGUUCCGCAAAUACAACGACGCGGAGGAGUCUCUUAACGACCUAGAUCAUAUCAUAGACAAGGUUGCGGUGGUCAGAGGAGUCCCUGAAUUGGCCGUACCACUUCAGUCCCUCAGAAACAAAUACGAGGGGUCGUCGUAA